AUGAAGAACAUUUGUGUGCUCACUCUUAUUCUUCUCACAUUUCUAGUUAUAAGUAGCACAAGCAAAAUGGAACUGCCACCAAGCGAUGCAACAUAUUGUUGCAUUGCAGAACAUCCUGAUUAUUGGAAGAAUAAGUGUUGUAAACUUAAAAGCCUUAGACGUGGGCAAGGAGCAGUUUGCAAAAGAUAUAAAUUUACAUCACUUCAAGAUUGUGAAGAAAAAUGCUCCACAAAGAAAUGUCCGUGGCCAUUUCCAUCGCCACCAAGUGUGCGCUACAGAGCAAAUUAA